AUGAUGGAAGACGUUAUCCGAACGGUCCUUAGGCUCCUUGAGAUCCUUUGGACGCUGCUCACCACGGCCCUGAUCGGCAACGUCAUCGCGCUCAACAUUAACGCUGCCGGAUCGGCGUCAGCCGCCGUCAACUACACCAUGUUUACUUGCGUCGUGGCCUGGAUCGCUUCCCUAUACGGCCUCAUCACCAACUACGUCGACAACAUCCUAGUGCCAAUCGUUUCGUUUGCACUCGAUGGCGCCGCCACCCUCUUCACCUUUAUCGCCGCCAUCGUGCUCUCGGCCAAGCUGCGCGCCACCAAUUGCGGCGGCCGCCUGGACCCCAGGGACCUCGGCUCCGACUGGAUUGGCUUUGGCAGCGCUGACAACCAGAAGCGUUGUCGCGAGAUCCAGGCUUCGGCAGUCUUCCUCUGGUUCCUGCUAGCCUGCUUCAUCACCAGCCUGUUCUUCACCUUUAGGAGUUCCAAGCGCACCGGCAAGUCGGUGCUCAGUGGGCCCAGCAGUAUGUCGCAGGUCCGCGGGGUAUAG